UUCUGAACGCUUCCGUCUGCUGGUUGCGUCAGUAGGUCCGCUCGGCCUUCUUGGCAUGCGCGUGUUAAUGGACGCCCACCAACCUCCUGCGAAUAUUUGUGACAGCAGAUUUAGGAGGUUUUCUCGAGUUUGGAAGUCUUUUUGUUCUUUCUCGUGGUCCUCUAUUUGCCAGAGUCUGCAGAAGGGGACGGGUAAGGCUCUUUUUGAGUUCCUGUCUCUCCGCAGCCGGUUUUCACACGCCAAUUUACGUCUGUGAUUUUGCGCGCCGAGGGUUGUCGCGUCUUGCUCUGUCUUUGCCCGAUUCUAGAUUCUCGUGCCGCCGCGCUUGCUUGGUCUGCCGCUCUCUCUUCCGAAUUUCUGCUGCUGUAAAUCGGUUGCUAAGAAGCGGUGCAUUUCCUUCUUUUCUCCGCGGCCGCACGACAGUACGAGACGGCACCGUUUCCGUCUGACUGCUCGCACAGAAGAGUCUCGGUGCGGUCCGGAAGUUCACUUCGGAGUAGGCGGGACGCCCAGAGUGAGAUUGAGAUUGAGUCUCUUUUCUCCAAGGAAUUUUUCUACUUCGCAUGGCACACGCUGCUGACUAAGGCCUCGUCGCCUUAGACUGAGAAGUGAAACAAGCACCACCCGUGCAAGGGUUGAUCGUGUCCAUCUGCGUGUUUGCGUUGAUAAAAGCCGCUCGUUCCGAAAGGUUUUCCUAGCAUCCACUUUCCAGGGGAAAUUCGCAGAAAGCAGAGCUGCUGGAAUGUAAGCAGAGAUAAUAUGUAUCUGAUGUAACAUUGAAGCGAUUCUUCGUUUUCCAUCUUAGGGAUGGAAAACGUCGGCAAAAAGGGCACCUGUCUCUUUCCAGCCGACCCCUUUCGGCGGUUCAGCGUGUUGGCCUUUUGUUCUGAUUUGCAAGCCAAAGACCGCCGUUCUCUGGGGCGGCUGCUCCAACCUCGAGAGGUGGAGCACCAGGGUUCCGUAUUUAGAUUUGAUUUGAGUUCUAAGAGUACCCUGGCGGAAAUAGAGCUACGCGUGUGUUUCAGUACUUGCAGGAGCAAAAGGGAACCCUUGUGCGUUUUUUUCGCUGCAAAGGAAGCCUUGCUUUCGUCAGAGUACAAGGGUCCUGUUUCUUUGAGAAAACCGCACGCGUUACGCGGGCGAAGAACCCCUGUCCGCCUCAGUGUCCGUUCCACUUCCGUUAUUAUUUUUUUCCUUUUUCGAGCGUCCUACACUUUUGCGAGACGAGGAGAUGGACCGGCUGGACGAGCUUUUGCUGCCAGAGCGGAACUUCCUUGUACAAAAACCGAUCACGUCGCCGCUCGAGUCGCGACUGCGGCGGGACCGGGACUCCGCUUUCUCGCGGAACCGGACGGAGCGGACCGCGCCAGCCAGGGCAGAUGUAUCAGUGGAAAAGCGACGGAGGGAAGAGCGAAAGCGUGAGGAAGAAGCGAUCGACAAGUGGCGAGCUGACCGCAAACGCGAGUUGGUUGUGUUCUUGAGACGCGCGAAUCGCGAGCUCCUCUCGGGACCCGAAGUCAACAAAGCCAUUGCUCAGUUCAAAGCUCUAACAGAGAGUCCAGAGACAGUGCUCCCGCCAGCAGACGUCCUCCAGUCUCUCUCUCGAGAGCGGCUGAAAACGCAGAGUCCAUAUGAGUUGCCGCCUGAACAGAAUCCGACGCCGACUCCCGCGGGGCCGCUGACGGCUAGUCAGCGGCUGUCUCUCCAGCUGAGAGAGCGCGGCGCGCAGCUGGCGCGGCUCCGCGAGCGCGAAGAAGAGCGUCGACUGGAAGAGGAGCACCGAGUCGGGGAACCAAGGCGGCCGCGAGCUGGGAGUGGUGGAGUCCGGAGAGCGCAUUCGUUUCUGAGAGGCGUUAACACGGUGCGCGCGGGGCCUCUUCGCGUCCCGGGGAGAAUGAGCUUCGAGGAGAGUCGCCGUAAAGCCCAGAGACACGGCGUCGUGGUCACCAAGACUCGGCCGAAGGCGACGAAAGACGAAACAGACACUCCGGGGACUGGAGAAGACGCCUCGGACUCCGUCGGCACGGGCGUCAACGGCAUCAGCAAGCCGGUCAAGAGAUGGGUCAAUGGCAAAGUGAUCGUCGAGAAGUGGAGCGGCAGCUCCUCCCUCGUGUACCUCUCGCAGAGGUCCAGUGGACCGAAGGAAGAGCCGGCGCAUGCAGGCGCCUCUCUCCCCUCCGCCGGACGACCAGAUUGGGCUGUUGCAGCGGCCUCAACGAGCUGUCGCGACAAGAGCGAACAGUCUGAGACGCAGAAAGUCAAAGAGGUCGACCCACCUCUCUCUGCUCGGGGGACUGGUCAGAGUCAGAGGCCGCAGCGACAGUCCGAUCCGUCUUCGCACUCUCCACGCCCAGCCUGUUUGCCUCGAGACACCGCAGUGGAGAUCCCGGACCGGCGGACCUGUACAGACAGUCGAGGGAAGCGGCCGCGAUCACCGGGACCCUUCGGUGUCAGAGAAGCGUCUGGAGAGCCGAGGCACACAUCCCAGCCUCACGGAAGUCCGUUGAACGGACGUGGUUUUCGCAAGCUUCCUGGGUCCAGAAUCUCGUCCCCGGCAAAAACGAGUGGCGGGAAGAGUCAGGAGAAACUCCCUGCUGCACGCGAGGCUGCUUCGUCUCCGAACUCUGUCUGGUCUCCUGUGACUGCCGCCCGCUCUGCCGCAUCCAGCGGGGUGCCGAAAGCGCAUGCGAGUCGAGAGAAGCACGGCAGCGCGCAUCCCGGGGAAGCCUGCUGUCGGCCGCGGGCGUUUUGGGCGCCUUCGCUGACGCCAACAGGAAGCAGAGGUUCUGUCUCUCGAGCUCCAGAGUCGAAGAACGCUCUCGCCGCAGGCAAGACCCGCGCCCAGUUCGUUGUGCCAGAUGUCCUCGGGAGGAAGCCCCCGGCCGCCGCGCCGACUCCGAAGAGGUACAUCUGCGGUGUGCCGCAGCCAGAUCGGAGUGCAUGCGUACGUGGAUCUGGAAUCGCGAGCGGUUUGCCCGGCCUGCGGACGCUGGGGGGCGGUCGGGGAGUUCGUCCUUCGCUGCCCGCAUGUGUGUCAGCGCAGAACUCGGGUCUCUCCACAGAAAAAACGCGAGAUCUUUGCGCGAAGACUGGCGGCGCGCCUUCAGGUCAGUCGGUGUGGCGCGCGCCGCUUCAUCUGGAGAGGCGGGAACUCGAGGCGAGGCACAGAGGGGCGGACAGGGAAGGUGGAGAGAGAGAGGAGUUCGACGACGCAGACUCCGCGCGGCUGCCGUGCACCGGUCUCUUCAACCGGCCGUCGCGACCGGAGUGGAGAGCGUCCGAGCGGGGAAGCUGGGACAGUCCAGAGGAAGACGACGACCUGGACGACUUCAUUGUCGAAGACGAAGAGGCAGGCGAAGCAGCCAGCAACUGGCAAGCAGAAAUGCGCAGAGUCACUGGGUACGACCCGCGCAACUUCGCAGGUCGCUUCGAGGGAGAGUGCGCAGAGAGUGGCUUCCACCAGCAGCUUCAAGAGGAGCAGUACAGCGGCCAGAUCGGCGCGCAGGAGGAUGCAGAGGAAUACGCAAAACUCCUCGAGGAAGCUCGGGAGGAACGCAGACUGGAAAAAAGGAGAAGUCGGCAAGGAUAGAAAUGUGCAGGGAUCCAUGCAUCCGGCACCGCCACGCCUGCGUGCGUUUCUGGAGGCAGGCGCGCUCAGUGCUGUUCAGAGGGCGUCUGAAGUCUCGUAAGUAUUGUGUGUAUCAGUAAAGUGCAUAUGUACAGCUACCUCCGGUAGGUAUUUCAUAAUCCGAGACGUCAUUUUGGGGAGAAAGAAGGCGGACAUGCUAUGCUCAGAUGUUUUCGCCUGUCCGUUCAUCUAGGGAGACAGCUGAGGGGGUUGGGUCGAGUUUCUCGAGCCGGAUUUUUUGCGUUCGCUCAGAGUCAACAAAGGUGACUCCGCUGGAGAUGUCGACGGUCGAGGAUUUUUGUCUGCAGCCAUGCAGUUUUCGAUCUCGUCAGAGCAGGCCCUGCGUAGGCGUUCUCUUAGAGUGGAAGACAGGAACACACGAAUAAUCUCGCGCUUUUUGGACGCAAUAAAUCACUGGCUGUGCUCGAAGUCCUGCCAGCGAAAGAGCAUUGUCAAAGCAUGAACUCUUCAGAUUUCGCCGUUCUCAAUGAUGCACUGGUCACCCUUGGGUUAAACACCAGCAAUCAUCAGCAGACCCAGAAACGCUACCAUUCUGAAAGUCCAUCGUAAAAAGAGCAUAUUGCCUUCUGCAUUCAAUCUCGUCGAGGCAACGCGGCCGUACCUUUGUGUAGCGUUACACCCGCACGUUAAACAAAGCAGACCUGCACGGUGACAACUGAAAAAUGGAUCUUUCUCCAUCCUCGAAAUGCAGCUGCUCGGAUGGUGACGUCAGACGCGUCAGAGUACGGAAGUGUGAUUCUUGUAUGUUUAAGGAAGUAUGCACGGAAGUAGAGAAACUGAGGCUGCCUCGAUACGACCAGCACGAGUCUGUGUGGUGGAUGCGGGGCUGGAUCUAGUUCGAGUAGUGGCGCAUCAGGUAUCUUGUAAACACUUUUGCGUGUGUGAGGGGGGGGGUGCUACAGCCAAUCUACAACGCUGGUUUGGAACUCGUUUUCACAAGAACUAGCGCGGCCUCCGAUUUCCUAUAGACAGUCAAACUGGUGUUGGAGCUCAUUGGUUAUU